GGGCCCCCCCCAACUAUGGACGAGCGGCUGCUGGGGCCGCCCCCUCCGGGCGGGGGCCGGGGGGGCCUGGGAUUGGUGGGUGGGGAGACUGGGGGCCCUGGAGAGCCUCCCGGUGCCGGCGACCCCGGUGGGGGUGGCGGGGGGGUCCCGGGAGGCCGAGGGAAGCAAGACAUCGGGGACAUUCUGCAGCAGAUAAUGACCAUCACCGACCAGAGCCUGGACGAAGCCCAGGCCAAGAAACAUGCCCUGAACUGCCACCGGAUGAAGCCUGCUCUCUUCAGUGUCCUGUGUGAAAUCAAGGAGAAAACGGGCCUCAGCAUUCGAAGCUCCCAAGAGGAAGAGCCGGUGGACCCCCAGCUGAUGCGCUUGGACAACAUGCUGCUCGCUGAGGGUGUCGCGGGGCCUGAGAAAGGAGGGGGCUCGGCUGCAGCAGCUGCAGCAGCCGCCGCCUCCGGGGGUGGCGUGUCCCCGGACAACUCCAUCGAACACUCGGACUAUCGCAGCAAACUCGCCCAGAUCCGCCACAUCUACCACUCCGAGCUGGAGAAGUAUGAGCAGGCCUGUAACGAGUUCACGACCCAUGUCAUGAACCUGCUGAGGGAGCAGAGCCGCACGCGGCCUGUGGCCCCCAAGGAGAUGGAGCGGAUGGUGAGCAUCAUCCACCGGAAGUUCAGCGCCAUCCAGAUGCAGCUGAAGCAGAGCACCUGCGAGGCCGUCAUGAUCCUGCGCUCCCGCUUCCUGGAUGCCAGGCGAAAGCGCCGAAACUUCAGCAAACAGGCCACGGAAGUUCUGAACGAGUAUUUCUACUCCCACCUGAGUAACCCGUAUCCCAGCGAGGAGGCCAAGGAGGAGCUGGCCAAGAAGUGCGGAAUCACCGUGUCUCAGGUCUCCAACUGGUUUGGGAACAAGCGGAUUCGCUAUAAGAAAAAUAUCGGGAAGUUCCAAGAGGAGGCAAACAUCUAUGCCGUGAAGACGGCCGUGUCAGUUACCCAGGGGGGCCACAGCCGCACCAGCUCCCCGACACCCCCUUCCUCUGCAGGCUCUGGCGGCUCUUUCAACCUCUCAGGCUCUGGAGACAUGUUUCUGGGAAUGCCCGGCCUCAAUGGAGACUCCUACUCUGCCUCCCAGGUGGAAUCUCUCCGACACUCCAUGGGGGCAGGAGGCUACGGGGAUAACCUCGGGGGAGGCCAGAUGUACAGCCCUCGGGAAAUGAGGGCAAAUGGUGGCUGGCAGGAGGCUGUGACCCCAUCCUCAGUGACAUCCCCGACAGAGGGACCAGGGAGCGUUCACUCUGACACUUCCAACUGAACUCGCCCCUCAGGGCCACAGGGGUGGGGUCUCACCAGGCGACUCUGAGAGGACGCAGGCAUCCAGAGGACAAGCCCCAGACACGGAAGAAGCACAAGACUUUGAGGGCGAACGGGGGGGUCAUUUCCGCCCCGCCCGGAAUCUCAGUGCUGGGGAUGCUGAUUACGUGACAGGGAGAACGGGGUUCACCAAGGGGGGAGAAGGGUGUCUUUCUCCCCCGAUUCUCAGUCUUCUCUCGCCCCCCUUUCUCCCACACUGAAAAACACUCCCAGAAUCCUGUCUCCAGAUCCUCCCUUUCUCUCACAUACACGGUAUAUAACUAUCCUCUCUGGGCUCCCCCACCCCACUUGUCUAAGCUCUGGGAUCUGUGGAGAUGCCAGCCCUGUGUGACCAGAAAUGCCAAAAAUGGGGGCCCAGCUUCUGGACAGAGGCUGCCACGCCCCCUGUGCCUCCCUGCCCUCCGCCCCUCCAGAUGGCUUUAUUACCUCAUACGCAGCUCAUCUUAAACCAAUAGAAUUGCUCGGUGGA